AUGGAGAAAUACAUUCACUCCACGGACCCGACGCCUGACGAGGAUACGCUGAUGACGUUGAUCGAAGCGAAUGAUGAACUAUCGGUAGCUCUAUCGAAACAUCAGCAUGCUAUUCUCAAGGCUCGCAAAACCAUGGGCCAAGCCGGGAGCCAGUCGCCUUCUUCGUCCGACGAUACGUCGGCGUCGGGGGCAUUGCGGCCGGUUCCUCCACCACCCCCUGUAUCACAAUGGCAAACGCAGAGUCCUCCUGGACCCUCCGCGGCACCGGUGCAACCACCUGCAGUGCCGAUGAUGACCCCUGCAGCAGGGUUCCCACCGUCGACAAACAAUGGCGCGGGACAGCAUGAGUAUCGGUCCGAGGAUUUCCAGGUCCAGAAUCCCUUUGCGGACAACUUCAGUUCUCCUAUGAACGCACCGACCCAUGCCGAAACUUCACGGAUGGAUGGGCCGUCCAACGACUGGUGGAGCGACCCCCAGCAACGGCCUAUCCAGCGAACCUGA